AUGGUUGAUCAUAAACUCAAGGAAGACAAGCCCUUCUCAUUUCUAACAUAUUCACCAUCCUUUGAUGAUCACAUCGCGUUAACGUUUCCUUCGUUUGAUUGGGAAGAAGAGCUUCUUCCUCUCCACAACAACUUUGUUUCUCAAGCUUUUCAUUUGCCUACACCUUCUCUGUCAUUACCUGACCUUGAACCCUUGUCUCAAGAUGUACUCGACUCAUACAGCUCUGCAGAGCAGAACAGAGGCGAAGAUGACUUGGACAUGAAUACUAAGAAGAGGAGACUCAACAGAGAACAUAACGUGAGAAUCAUCAGCGAUGUUACUACAUACACAACCUUUCCGGCUUCAAAGGCAUUGUCCAUGGAGACUAUCUCUCGCUACUUCUAUAUGCCAAUAACUCAGGCAGCUAUGGAGCUUGACGUAGGUUUAACUCUUCUGAAAAGAAGAUGUCGCGAACUUGGUUUUCGCCGAUGGCCUCAUCGCAAACUCAUGAGCUUACUAGCUCUUAUUAGUAACGUCAAGGAGCGGCAGAAGAUGCAAGGCGGAGAGAAAGCAGGAAUAUUCAAGAACGCAGUAGAGAUACUUGAGGAUGAGAGGAGGAGGAUCGAAGAGAAUCCGGAUUUGGAGUUUAGCGACAAGACAAAGAGGCUGAGACAAGCUUGUUUCAAGGCUACACACAAGAUGAAGAAGAAGAAUAGUCUCAAGUCAUCAGAGAUGUCUAAACCCUCUUGUUCAAGCAGCGGCUCUGUCCUCAGUGAGGAGGAGUCAGUUAUUGAAGGUGUAGAAAGCGAUGAAGAAGUGAAGUAUCUCUUGUGUGGUUUCACAAAUGAGUUUAGUGGUUUGUGAAAAUCUUUUUUUUUAUUAAGGAUUUGGAUUUUAAAGCCACUGAUCAUUCAACAAAAACAUAAAUAAGAAACUGAUAUUUUUAAGGACAAGACAUUAAGCUUAAACAUUUAGCUUCUCAAUCUCUCUCCUUAGAGCAUUAGCUCUAAACACACUCCCAAUAGUGUUCACAGCCAACUUCAAAUCCUCCAAAGGACUACCCGGUGCGACCCUCUUGUACAGAUAACUAUCAAACGUCAUCUUCUGAACAUACUCAUCACCGCACAUUUCAACAAACGCUUCUCUAGCCGGGUUAGAUCGGUAAAACACUUUCUGCAACACAUCAAGCACCCUGUACGUAGGCAAGUACGUCUUGUCCCAUUUCUCCAAGUACUUCCUCAAAUCACUCUCGUCAAUCAUCUUCUUACCUGUUGCAA